AACCCAAAACGGUGCGUUUUGAAGACUCAUUCGUUCUUCUCAUCUCUGCAAUUCUCACACUGUUUCUUCCAGAGUCUCAAUCUAAAUUGUGCUCUUCCGCGCUGCCACUGUGACCCUUCACCGUGUUCUUCCCAAAUUCAGGUAUGAAUGCAUUUAAGGCAUACAAAGCAUGUGUCCCAAUUGCUUGGAGCCCAAAUCUCUAUAUAACUCUGGUGAGGGGCAUUCCAGGGACCAGGAGGCUCCACAGACGCACUUUGGAAGCACUACGCCUGGGAAAAUGCAAUCGAACUGUCAUGCGAUGGAACACGCCUACUGUUAGGGGAAUGCUCCAACAGGUCAAGAGGCUAGUUGUCAUUGAGACAGAGGAGAUGUACAAGGCCCGCAAACAGAAGGAGGAAGCCCACCGAGCUCUGCGUCCUCCAUUGGUCAUAAAUCAUCAACCGUCUUCGGCUACUGGUACCUUAUAAUAGCCUGCUGUUGUCUUAAAGAUUAUGUCUUCUUGCUACUGAAACUAUCAAGGGCUGAAGUUAGCGACUUUGGCCUCAAAUGGAUAAAUUCUUGCUUUGAAGAUCAUGCUUUAGUUUGAAUUUAUAAUUUUGUAGUCUUUUCAACUUAUAUUCGUUAGUCAAAUUUAGGCCUUUGUUUAUGAAAACAGGCUAUUUAGGAGUUUCUUUAUUUAUAUUUAGAGUUGGGGAAUUGAUGUUCUCCAAAUGCUUAUUUCUUUUGGAAACAACUUACAAUCUAGUUUGCAUUUAUAUAUCUGUCAUUACUUA